UACCGACCUCGUGUUGAUGGAGAUCGGUCGCUGGUCGAGAAGGAAUUAGUUGUUUGCAGAAACAGCGGUGCAAAUUUUUCUGACUUCUUGAACAGAUGAAACGAAUACGAUGCUUGUGUCAACUGAUAAAGAACGGAAUAACUUAGGAAAGCUGCGGGUCUGCUUUCUCAACCUGUGUGCCGAAAAAGUGAUACAUCUCGAGUAUAAUUAGCGUCUUUGGCACAAGCAUCAGCUGCUCUUUGCAAAAAAUCUUUACGAUCUAUCAGCCCAGGCAAACUUUCAGACCGGUUAAUUUGUCCAAAUUUUCUCCGGCGACGACAGAAUCAGAAAACUGCUCCAAUGGAAGUAACUCGGCACCCUAAGACACUAGCUGUAGCUACCGUGUAUGUCGACGUCGCAAAGCCAAGAACCAUGGGUUAUUCUGCUCCUACGGAAGGUGAAGCAUCCAUAUCGCUCGACCAGCUCCCAAAACAGCUGUUCUGGGAGACUCGGGAACUCUACUGGUGGAACGGCUUCUGGUACCGCCCCCGCCAUCUCGAGGCCACCCUGGCUUUUCGCUCACGGUUCCGGCCACGAGACGACGACGUCCUCUUGGCAUCUGCCAUGAAAACCGGAAGCACGUGGCUCAAAGCGCUCUGUUUCUGCAUCUUGACGAGCAAGAGACGUGAACGGAGUCGAGAAAACGGCAACAUCGCGGUCAGCACCGAUCGAGAAGAUCAGUCGGAAGACCCCCUCGCGGCUAACCACCCGGCGCAUUACGUGAAGACCUUGGAGGUCCAGGUAUUUACGGAGAACCCGCCUCCGGACCUCUCGGUCAUCGAGUCGCCGAGGUUGUUCCACACCCACUUGCCUUACAGCGCGCUUCCCGAAUCCGUCAAGGCCUCUCCAUGCAAAAUCGUCUACAUCACGCGCAACCCGAAAGACACCCUCGUCUCCCUGUGGCACUUCUUCAACCACCUCCGGACCGACGAGGAGGGCCCUUCCCGUUCGAGCGCGCCUUCGAGGGCUUCUGCGAUGGGGUCUGCUUCUUCGGGCCUUUCUUCGAGCACGUGCUCGAGUACUACAGAGCGAGCUUAGCGAUGCCGGAGAAGGUGCUGUUCCUGAAGUACGAGGACCUGAAGAGAGACCCGAGAGGGCAGGUGAAGAGGCUGAGCUCGUUCCUCGGGCGGCAGCUGGAGGAGGAAGAAGAGGAGGUGGAGGACAUCGUCUGGAGGU